GGUGUGGAUAGGACGCAUGCGCACUUUGUCCACAACUCUCCAGUCCCGUCCACAAGCGCAGACAUCAACAAGGGAGCGGGUUACUGAUGCGGGUUGAUUUUCAUAACAGUCACAUCGCGAGCACGCGUUUUAAGGACUAUUGCUUUGAAUCAGCUUCACGCAGCUUGCAACAAGAUGUUUGGCUUUCAUAAGCCAAAAAUGUACAGGAGUUUGGACGGCUGCUGCAUCUGUCGUGCAAAGUCGUCAAGCUCUCGUUUCACGGACAGUAAGCGGUACGAGAAAGACUUCAGGAGCUGUUUUGGACUGUGUGAAACGCGAUCUGGAGAAAUCUGUAAUGCCUGUGUGCUCCUGGUGAAACGGUGGAAGAAGCUACCUGUGGGAACCAAGAAGAACUGGAACCAUGUUGUUGAUGCCAGAGGAGGUCCCAGCCUAAAGAUAACUUCCAGGCCCAAGAAGAUAAAGUCCAUAUCCAAGAAAGCCCGGCCGAGCCAGAUCAGCAGGCUGCAGAAAGAGCUGAAAAGAAACCAUUCAGAUGCCCACAGCACAACCUCCAGUACUUCUCCGGCUCAGUCACCUAGCUACAGCAACCUGUCAGAUGACAGCUCAGACACUGAGCUCAGCCCAGGAUCCAGUCGCUCCCCAGUUUUCUCAUUUCUGGACCUCACUUACUGGAAGAGGCAAAAGGUAUGCUGUGGAAUAAUCUACAAGGGACGCUUUGGAGAGGUGCUCAUCGACCCCCAUUUGUUCAAACCAUGCUGCCGCAACAAACAACGGCAGCAGCAUCAACAACAACAACAACAACAACAAGAGGAGGAGGAGGAGGAAGAGGAGGAGGAGGAGGAAGAAGAAGAGGAGGAAGAGGUGGAGAUAGAGGAGGGCCAGGUGGCCGUGGAUGUUAGCCAGGAUAAAUCCCAGACGGAAGACGAAGUGAAGGAGACCCCAAGGUGUGAGGAAAAUGUCGGUCCUGCACAGCUUUGCGUUACCGUAACAACACCUCCAACCAGGAGCGGGGCAGUGGUGGAGGCUGGAUGGUAAAGCCAAAACCAGGCCAACAUUUCUCUGAAGAAAUCUUGGUGUGCUGUUUUGUUUUUCUCAAGCACUUACAGAAAGAAGUUGCCUCAGAUAGCAUUCAAUCAUAAAGCAGCUGGAACUCCUUUCGUUCUUCUCCAUGAUAAUAUGGAGGUUUGUUUAUUUUGUUAAAAUGGUAAUUUAUUAACUGUUUUUCCACUUUGUCUCUUAUUUUGUAUUUAAUAUUCAAACAUUCAUACUCCUUGGUGUUUUUGAUUUACUUUAGAUGAAAUGCUGGAGCUCUAGUUAGUUAGUUAGUUUUAAAAGAUUUUAUUCCAAAAAGUAGAUCCACUUACUCACAGAAAAGGUGCCACUUGAAAUUCAUUACUCAACAUUUCAAACAUACAGCUGAACCAAUUCUCAAUGUGGCUAUUUCAUGAGCAUAUAUGUUAAGAUAACAAAUGUAAUGGCAUUACUUUUGUUUUCUUUGUUAAGAGUAAAUAUCUCUUCUUUUGAAAUGGUGGAUAUCUCGUUUUGGAAUGAAUGACACUUUAGCAUCGACAGAGCACAGCCAUGUACAGUAGCCCCUGUGUUUGUGUCUUUUAACAUUGACAUCCAUUCCUAUCAAAGAGUUUGUCUCUGUGUGCAAAUAUGUGAGUGGGUCCCAUUUUUAAACAAGGCCUAUUCACAGCUUCAACAGCAAAUACACCAGCCUUAAUAAUGUGUUACAGACAGCUAGUGUUAAUUCUGGAUCGGUAUUAAGGAACCCAAGGGACAGUAUAUUUAUUGUGGCCUCAGCAACACAUAGUGCAUUUUGCAUGAAUGGCAAGCCCACUCAUCCAAAGACCUAAUGAUCUGAUGCAUGAGUACUAAAAUUGCAUGGCCUUAUAACUGUAAAUCUUACUUACAUUUUUUUUAAUCCAUUUUGCUGAAGUUUUAACUUAUUUUUAUAUGUAAGAAAAAGGAAAAAUUAAGUUUCUUCCCAUAAUACCACGUAGUACAACAGCAAAACAUACAAACGGUCUAUAGUCAUUCAGCAAUAUCAAUAUCAGUGAUUCCUGUCAAUCCUGGGUCAGUAUAGGUAAAUUACUUUAUACAAGUUGAAAUUCUAUGCCAUUGCCUCUUAUAUACCACAGAUGAGUUGUGGUAUAUUGCCUAAUAUUACUUUAUUUAUCAACCGAAAGCCAAAGCACAUUAAAAUUCACCCAAUGUCAAAUCAAUGCAGGUUUUCCAUGGACACUUGUGCUUAUCCAAGGUCAUUUGUAUGUAUAUUUAAGGUAUUCUAAACAGAACACUAAUGUCAAUUUUCAUACAUGUGUUUUUGUAGUCAGGAGCAACGGGUGACAUGUACAUAAGGGGCUGGGUGAGCCAUAUGGCUCUUAUAUGGGUGUCAUUAUUUAUUUAUUUCAUAUUUAUUUGUAUCACUGCAUCCCUGCUUACAAGUGUAAUAUUAUGAAUUAUGUUCAUCUUUAGCUUAUAUGUAGAAUGGUUUUGUACUUAAGAAAUCGAAUGUAAUUCUCACAACUUUGCGUUGAAUUACCGGUUGUCAAUAUUUGUGAAAUGUUAAGUAUUUAUUUACUCAUCAGUUGAGUUGCGUGCAACCUAACUUAUUCUGUACCAUUACUUUGGAUCUAUAUCAUGUAGACUAAAACGAAUGAUAGAUUGCAACCAAACUGUACUUUUUCUCUUUUUUAGCUGGUAGCUUAAAAUGUCACAGAAUUGUAGACCUAACUCUAGACUUGCAUGUACUGUUGCUAUGCAUUUACUUGUCUUACAAGUUAGACAAAGCGGUUUUGUAUUUUUUAUAAAUCAUGUACUUUUUUUACCUGUCCCUUAAUAAAAGUAAUUUUUCGAGUUUUCUGGA